UCACAUUUUUGUCAAGCAGUCAGAACAGAAUGAUGUGGGCUCCAAACCGCUGCAACACCCAGAAGUGAACAGCAGGCGACCCGGAAGCUCUGAACUCUGAAACAGACAGAAAGAAUAUCAAGCUUUUGCUGUAAUAAAGCUGUGCUUGCCAGGGAAAUAAAUCAGCAAUCGGGAUACCAGGAUGGCAGAGCCUCGAUUUAAUAACCCUUAUUUCUGGCCUCCUCCUCCGUCUAUGCCCGGUCAGCUGGAUAACCUGGUUCUAAUCAACAAGAUCAAAGAGCAGCUGAUGGCAGAAAAGAUCAGGCCCCCGCACUUGCCACCCACCACUGUUCCCUCUCAGCAGACCCUGCUGGUAGCCUCUCAACCCACCGAAGCCGGCCAGCACGUGAUGUCUCUCCCCAAGCUGCAGCAGGUGCCUGGUCUGCAGGGCCACAACUCGUCGCAGCCCGACAUUGCGCUGCACGCUCGGCCGGCCUCCAGCACUGUGUCAGACUUGAAUAUGGAUGAUAAAACAGCUGUCAAAGCAAAAGGACUAUGGGAAGACUGGCAUAUGCGUCAAGCUAUUGACCAAGCCAACAGAAUUAACCAGCGUUCAGGUCUAGCGCUAUCCUCUCGCACAGACACACCCCACAACACCUCAGAAGCCAUCACCCCAACAACACCGACCUCCAGCAGCCAGAACAGACUGGGCGGAGCCCCCAGCCUCAACGUCAUUUCCGGAUUGGCUAUUGGUCCAGGCAUGGACGCAAUCAAAGGCGGAACCCUGGCGGGCAUGCUGGGACCACCGCCGAAGACGCCGCGCGGGCGCAAGAAGAUCAAAGCGGAGAACCCCUCAGGCCCUCUCCUCGUGGUGCCUUACCCAAUCCUGGCUUCGGGCACAGACCCGUGCUCUAUAAUUACUGCCAAAGAGGGAAAAACCUACAGGUGUAAAAUAUGUCCUCUCCAGUUCUUCACCAAGUCGGAGAUGCAGAUCCACUCGAAGUCCCACACAGAGGCCAAACCGCACAAGUGUCCUCACUGUUCCAAAUCCUUCGCCAACGCUUCCUACCUGGCCCAGCAUCUACGCAUUCACUUAGGGAUUAAGCCUUAUCACUGCUCCUAUUGUGAAAACUCCUUCCGCCAGCUCUCUCACCUCCAGCAACACACCAGAAUUCAUACUGGUGAUAGACCCUACAAGUGUGCACAUCCUGGAUGUGAGAAAGCUUUUACUCAACUCUCUAACCUUCAGUCACACCAGAGGCAACACAAUAAAGACAAGCCGUACAAAUGCCCGAACUGCUACCGUGCAUAUUCAGACUCCGCCUCAUUACAGAUACACCUCUCCGCUCAUGCCAUCAAGAACGCUAAAGCCUACUGCUGUAGUAUGUGUGGACGGGCAUACACCUCAGAGACCUACCUAAUGAAGCACAUGUCCAAACACACAGUGGUGGAGCACCUCGUGAGCCACCACUCUCCCCAGCGAACUGAGUCUCCCAACAUUCCUAUACGCAUCUCUCUCAUCUGAGUCCACACUUCUCUCCCUCCCUCCUGGUUCCUCUGCCAUUCCUCUUUUUCACAUUGAUUCUUUUUUUCUUUGCCUUUUUUUUUUUGGUUGUCGUUGCAAAGCAGUUUCCUCAGAAUGUGCCAGAUGAUAUUCCUGCUCUCUUGAGAAUAGAGCAGAGAGAGCAGCACUUUAGUCCUCAAAGGGCCUAGUGGCUGCUGCUGGGUAUGUUUGUUUGUUUGUUUGUUUGUUUGUUUUCUUAAUUUGUUUGUUGGUGUAUUGUAGUCCUUAACCAAUUAAUAACAAUCCUGUAUUGCUUAUGGAGGGUAGAUGGACCUGCUGAUACCGUUUCUAUGGUGAUCUACAGCUCUUUUGACUCUCUUGGAGGUGAACUGCAUCCCUAGAGCAGACAGCCGGAUACCAGUUUGUUGCUGUCACCUUAUAUUUGUUACCAAGGAUGUAUUAGGGAGAUGCCCAAAGAUAAUCUUUUAAAAAGCACUUUCAGGCCUUGUGGUUUCGGUUCAAGAUAGUGUACAGAUCUCUUUUUUUUCAAUUCAAGAAUAAGGCAUUGCUUUAGGCAGCUAAAGGUUCCAAGACUAUCCUUUUAUUUAGCUGUUGUUGGUGUACUCUUCAUCUUAUUCGUUCCUUAUACUGACUCAAGCAUUCUCCUAUUUUUUCCAUGAUGUCUCUUUGUACAAAAAAUAUUUGUAGGUCCCACAAAUAUCUCACUUUGAGAUUUCUUCCGCUUUGUCUGGUGUUGAAUAACACUUAGGAUUACGUUUCUAAAGGUGCAAACGCAAAGAUGAUAGAAGGCGGACCAUACAUAGUCAAUUGACCAAAAAUAUGUAUUUAUUGGUCUGUCAAUCCUGUACAUGAGUAUGAAUGACCCCUUACUAUUUAAAAUACCAAUAUGGAACUCACUGAGAAAAUGUAAUUGAUUUUUUAUUUUUUUCAAAAAAAAAAAGAAAGUAGAUUAGUCAUGCUGCGUUUGCACUUGUAAAAAUGACCUGUAGUGUAAGAAUGAAUGAGACAUUUGUUUAUGCUGUUCAGUUUGGGAACAUUGUUUUUUUUUUGUUCUGAAUUUCUUGAAUCAAUAGCCAUUUUCCUAUGGUGAGGCAAGAAUUUGCCAAGCUCCAUAUUCUCAUACUAAAUUUUACUUCUGAUAAUGGUUAAAUACUCUGCUGCUUAGAGAGGAGCAAUCCGAUUUUACUGUAAGUAAGACUUUUCAUUUUUAUUUUGUAGAGAGUCCAUUGUCAGCGCAUGGGAUCAAUCUAAUCUUCAUGUCCAAUGGCAGAUAUAGUUUGCUGCCAUCUCCUGUAUAACUGUUACAGACUUUAAGUCACUCGAUGCCAAAAACAUAGUGAGUUUCUUUCUCACAGCUUUAUCAAGGAUAACCUGACCUUGUUAAAUAAUAAUAAUCUAAAUUGCAUGAAAUGCGAGAAAUGCCCUUAUGAAUGAAUUUUGAAUGUCACCUUAUUGUAGCCUUCACCCCCCUGCCCCCCAUCCCCCACCCUUGUUCAUAAAAUGACUAUUGAUUCAUUAUUCGUGUGGCUAGUUGGGUGUUUUGUAACUUUCUUUGUCAUAUCAAAAUGUGUCUUUUCUUCAUCACUGCGAAUAACACAGUGCAGCAAUAAAUGGUGUGGGAAACUAUUUAAAAUAGGUGGACCAACAAUCAUAGUCCUCUAACCUGCACCCUAAACUUGCAGUAUGACGCAUACUGCAGUGACUAUUCAUGUAUACUGUAUGACCUGUUCUUUUUUUCCUUACUGUGUACUGUAUUGUCAACCCAGAAACUUAAGUAUGCCAUACCUUUGGUUUACUUAGUGUGCAUCCUUUUACAUUUAUCAUACCAGUCACUUGUUAAGCUCAUUUCACUUACACAGGCUUGCUGUCAUUCUGAAGAGAACGAGUCAGACUAAGCACACAUUGCAAAGGUGGUUGCUUUUUUGGUUGUCCAUGGCAGUUUGUUUCUGUACUGCAAAGGUGCUAUGUGGAUUUUUUUUUUUUUUUUGUCUUUUCUACCUUCAACAGAAUGUGAACAUUUUAACAUAAUGUCAAAAAUUCCCAUCCCUGUGUCGAGAUAUUAACUGAAGCAACUCAUGCUAUCUUAACUCCCGAUAUUAACUCAUGCAAAGCACCUAUAGUGUCAGAUCAGCUCUCUCAUCAUACCAUGUUGUACAACUUGUAUUAAAUAAAUACAAUGCAACUCAGUGGAAGAGAGCUGUGUGGCUGCGUUCAAGACAAAUCAAAUCCUAAAGAAUUCCACAUAGAUCCUUGAUGAUUUUCUAGCUAAAGAUUCACACCAAAACUGCUCUCUGUGAUUCUCAGUUUGGUUUUGUUAGUUUGAAAUACUUUUCUCUGUUAACAAGUUGCUCAGACAGAAUAAUCACCACAGAUACCCCUGUUUAAAUGUAAAGCAUGCAGUCCUGACUAGAUCAGAAGGAGCAAACUGCCUUGUUUGACUAAAAAAAGAGAAAAAACUUUCAAAUCACCUUUCAAAUGUCAGCUACAUCAGGCUCGAUAUGCUGCCAUUUCUACACAUAUGUUGCUAAAGUUGUUACAACAGAUUCUUCCUCACUGAUGUGAGUUUGACUAUUUGAUUUUGGUUUCCUGUCACAGGACCAAUAGUUUUUUUUCUCUCUUGUUUUUCUUAUACUUUCAUUUAUUUUUCAAAAGAGGGCAAUCACUCUGGUGCUGUACUGAGUACUGAAAAAGGUCACCUCAAAAGGAACCUUGCUCCCUAAUACAGGUCUAUUGUGUUCAGUGUAAGAGUUGGACAUGUUUGAAAAUAAUGUUGUGAUAGGCUUUCCUUUGGGAUGGUCACACAUUGGCCCACAAGAAUUGGGAGGCAGUCGCGCACAGUUAUGUGCCAUAUGCCUCCUCGUACUUGAGAUGAGGUGCUUCUUAUGUGUCAAAAGACAUUAAUCCUAGAUGUUGAGAUGGAACAUAAGCAUGUUUACAAGUAAAAUAAAGUCUAGUAUGUACAACUGCAGAUCAUUCUAUGCUGGCAACUUGCCACAAAACAAACUCUUUAUGCCAAUAACUGACCCUGCCUCCACCCCUUCCUGUCUUCAUAAAGCUAGUAAACUGAGAAGUGUACAUUUGUUAUGACAAAAAAAUAACCCUUGUAUUCAUUUAUAGUGCAAAUUUUCAAAUGACUGUAUUUACUGUUGAAUUUUGUAUUAGUAUAUUUUCAUUUAUUAAUCAUCUUUGUGAGUAUUGAUCAUUUUCAUUAAUAUCCAUUCUAUUUUUCUUUCCUUUUUCUUACAUUUAAGCCUUAACUGUUAUCAUUGACUAUUUUAUUUCCAUAUUCCCAUAUUGGUGUUUUCAGUAUUCAGUUUCUGUGCAUUUUACUUUUCAUUUUUCGCAUGGAGUACUUUGACAAUAACUUAUGUAUUAAUUAACUGUAGCAUUUUGUUCUGUCUGACAUUGUUAUACAUGUCUAGGAAUUACGACACCCCUUUUCCUUUGUCUUGCAUUGUGGUUUCAUUUUUAAGAUUUGGCUUAAUAUGCACAGACAUGCUAGGUGAAUUAAAUAAUAUCAAUGUUACAAAUACUUUGUAUCUUUAUCGGGUUUUAAUAAAUGCAGACUGUUGAUAAUGUA